AACCUAGAUUUGAAUAUGAAGAUGGAAAUGGAAAUGGAAUCGGCCUUCAACGGCGGCGGAUGUGUUUUUGCUCCGCCGUUGACUAUGCCGGUGGACGACAAAGCCUAUAUUGACGGUGAGCAGAUCAGCUUCCGGGAUCUUCUGAGUUUGAGCCUCAACACAGAAGAACAGAGGCCUCUGUUGCAGUUAUCUCAGGCUAUUGGCGUUCGUCCUAAUGUUUCUGGCUCUCCGGAAAAUCUGACUCUCCGAUCAUCCAAUGCUUUCCCGUCACAGUCGGCUCUAACUCCUCUAAGUCGACUCGGUAGCGAUGGUGUAGAUUUGGAGCUGAAGUUGAAAGGUCCUCAACAGGAGUUCGGUUCCAAUGCAUACGACAAUAGAGGCGGCGCUAUUUCCACGGAUAUUGACUCAAAUUUCUCUGCUCACUUUCCCAACGAUUUCGGCUUGGUUCGUCACUUUCCUGAUCUCCAAUCAUUAGAAAAUCAACCGAUUCCUGUGAAUACCGAUUUCCGCUUGGUUCGUCACUUUCCUGAUCUCCGAUCAUUGGAAAUUCAACCGGUUCCUGUGAAUACCGAUUUCGGAUUCCGACCUCCGCCUUACAUUCCCGAGAAAACGACCAGAAAUUACCAGAUUCCGACGAAUCUCUACCAUCCGCGCGAGAAACCAGCGUUAGUGAGGAAGAGGAGUGAGAGCAGAUCCAGCAAACUCGCCAGAGUGAGGAGGCAGAAGCAAGGCGAGAAGAUUCGGCAGCUCGAGAAGCUGAUGCCGUGGGAGAGAAAGAUGGAGAGGGAGAAGAUGCUGGAGGAGGCCUACAAAUACGUCAAGUUCCUCCAGGCGCAGGUUUUGGUCCUCCAGAGCAUGCCGGUUUGUGGAGAUCUUUCCUCACUUGGAAACUUUGGCCCUGGACCGCACAGCACUCUCGGGCCAAUCGCCGAGCUCAACCGGCAACGGAUGUUGUUUGUGGCGGUGAACUCGCCGGUGGCUCAGAGGGCGCUUUAUUCGAAAGGCUGCUGCAUAUGCUCGGCGGAGCAGUUAGCUCUUCUUGCCGAGAGAAUUGUGUCUGGUUGAGCAGAUUGCCUCCACCGGCCACCGCGUCUGCUGCGGCCGUACCACGCCCGUACGUUGUUUGCUAGAUUGGCACUUAAUGAUUGAUUAACAUUACUAUGAAGGAGUAAUUUAUAAUUUUUGAUGAUAAUAGAAUGGCUGAAUGUUGGAAAUGGAAUUUAGUUACGAUUAAAAAAAACUCUAGUUACCAUUAGUAUACAUGGCUAAAGGUGUGUUAUGAAGAACUCUAAGCAAUUAAUGAAAAAUUUGUUUUUGUCCUCCA